UGGUUCUCAGCUAUGCAGCUCGGCGAGCCGCAACUGCUGGACGCGCUGGGCGUCCUGCUGGGCGUCUCUGCCUGCUUUACCUUCGUGAUACUGCAGAAGUUGGAAACAUCUUAUGGCCGCUACUGGUCACCGAGAAUCCGCUGGUGGCUGCCCGCGCGGCUAGCCUGGGGGCUGCAGGAGAUGCCCUCGCUGCUGCUGCCGCUGCUAGAGUGGGUCCGGUUCGGAGACCAGCUGCGCCCGCCCAACGCCCUGCUGAUGGCCAUGUUCACCAUCCACUACACGCAACGGACCCUGAUUUUCCCCCUGCUGAUCCGAGGCGGCAAGCCCACGCCGCUGUCCACCUUCCUGAUGGCUUUCCUGUUCUGCACCCACAACGGCUACCUGCAGAGCAGGUACCUGAGCCUCACCAAGUAUCCUGACCACUGGACCACCCAGCCCCACUUUCUGGCAGGAGGCCUGUUUGAGUACGUGACCGCAGCCAACUACUUUGGUGAGAUCGUGGAGUGGCUGGGCUUUGCGCUGGCCGGCUGGUCCAUCCAGAGCAGUGCCUUCGCCCUCUUCACCUUCUGCAAUCUAUUCCGCAGAGCUGAGCAUCACCACCGGUGGUACCUCAAGAAGUUCAAAGAUUACCCGAAGUCCAGGAAGAUCAUAUUUCCAUAUAUCUAUUAAGCGCCUUGCCGAGAACCUUCAGGGUCCUUCAGCGAGCUGGAAGGACCCCUGUGUGGGAGCCGUGCUAAGUGAAUGUAACCCCUGUGAUUCCUCUCUUCCCAGAUUUGUCUAGGGAUCCCCUCUCCCAUGGUGGCGGCCAGCCCUGGUGACUCAUGCAGCUUAUUUCUCAGAUUGUGAUCUCCUCCCCACCUCAUGUGGCUGGGGUGGGAUGGGGGUAGCUUAGGGUUCCCGAGAGCCACGUUCAUGAGCCCUUUGGGCAGUCUCGUGAUUUAUAAGGUCGGCACCUGGACACCACCAGCCACUCCCCGGGAGAAGGCCGGGGCUGCCUGUUCCAGUAAAGAUGUGCAGCCUGGGGACCCACGGGGCAGUUCUACUCUGCCCUACAGGGGUGCUGUGCAUCGUAAUCAGCUGUAAAGGCCAGCGUCAUGGCUGUUCCCAGCAGCCCUCCCCCCAGGGGUGUGGGUGACCACCACCACCACCUCUCAGGGCUCGGAGGGAGCUGUGCUGUUCCGGGGCAGGCCCGCGGGGGACACAGCCCAGUGAGGGGCCUGAUUCUAAGAAGCGCUGUCCACGUGCACAGGACUUGACUGUGAACAGGCAGGCUGCCCCUGACGGCAGACUCGCAUCUGACCUCAUCUCCCUGACCCGCUGGGUCAUCUCCCUGACCCGCUGGGUCAUCCCCCUCCAGUCUGCAUCCCAUGAGGACUGACUGUGUGCUGCACCGUUGGUGUUUUCUGUGUCCCUUCCUGGUGCAAAGAGGCCUGGAAACGCGCUUUCACGCCCUGGGCUCUCUUGAAGGACCCUGGCAGGAACAUAGGUCUGAGUGCUGCCAGCACAUGGACAUGGCAUCCUGGCACGUCCCAGGGGCCCACAGAAGAGAUGCCUCCCCCAAGCCGACUGCACACGGGGCUCCCAGGUGGCAGCCCCUGUUCCUCCUGCAUCUCCUCUGCAGACGUCGGUGCUGGAGGGGACAUGCAGGUGAGAGGCUGCCUCUACUCCCUGGCCCAACGUGCCCACGCCACCCUCCAUCCAGAGCCCAGAGGAGGUUGGGUGCCUCCAAGCCAGGAGCUCGCUCCUCCCCCAGGCCCGAGUCCAUCUGCGGUGUCCUGGAUGCCUUUCUCCCCUGACCAGAAACACUGGGCAGGACAGAAGCACCGGCCAUCGGCUGAGUGACAGCAGUGACAGCGUGUGUCCUGACUCAUGGAGACCCCGAGAGGUGGAGAACGCCCACCAGGGGGAGCAGUUCCUCUUUGCCCUGCGGGGUCUUGAUGAGCCAGAGGCCACGUAGUGGCACACAGCAACAACAAGGGCUGUGGGUGUUAGACUCCUGGGGUGGCCAAACCCACAGGCUUGUCUGCUGGCAUCGCAGCACUAAACAGGUGCCGGCCAGGCGUCCUUUCUGUCCAGACCAUUGCUUGGACCCCUACAACCAGACUCCUGGUCACCCCUGCCUUCCUCAGGGACACGCAGGAACUGGAGCAAACCUGGGAGGGUGUGGGUGCUGUGUGCCCAGACACCCAAAGAAGCUCCUUCACUGUGAAUUCCGGGCAGGGCCUGUGGCCCAGCUGCACAAAAACCUGGGUUGAUCAGAGAUGAAACUCAGGGUGCAGUACCACCUGAUUGUUGUGUCCCGCCAGCUAGUGGAGAAGGGUGCUGCUCUGCCCUGCACCCCACUCCCCAGAAACCAGCUCCCCGAAUUGCCUUGGAUCAAUGUGUAAAUCAGCAUAAUGCAGAGAUGAAUAAAAUGAAUGGUGGAGAAAUGAA